UGGGAAAGAGUAGAGGAUAAGCAAGCACAGGCAGUUUGCAGGACGCCAGGAUAGUAAACCAGCCGGGCCGGAUGUCGUCGGUUGACCCCGGACAAGCCCGGCUGUCGGCGGGUAUUUCGACUCCCGCGGAAUAUCCGCUGCCUCGUUUACAUCAUGAGAACACCCACUCCUGAUGCAUGCGGUGAUUGCCACGGCCCCUGAUUUUGGAUCCUGUUAUAAGAUAGGCUCUGAUAAGCUCCGCUCACAUGGCUCCGCGGGCUACCGAUGAUCGUAGGUUAACUCAAAUACCAACGAUUGUUCUCCAAACUCGGUGUCACCGAUAGCAAGCAUUCUCACUACAGACACUACCUUAUUAUCAGCUACAUCCCCUUCAAAACAAUAUACGUCCCCAAAGCCUCAAAUAACUCAAUAUCGGAAGUUCCUCCAAAGGCGAUAAGCAAAAUGACCCCGAAUCCAACCGCUAAACCCAACCUUACCACCAAUGACUCCGCCGUCCUCCAAGCUCUCUUCGACGCCGAAUCCUCCCCCUCCAACUCCAUCACCAUCAACUCUUCUCUCCCCGCAUAUCCAUCUCACCUCAACAUUACCCCAGAACUUUUGCAGACCCUCCAAUCCCGCGAGGUCUCUAUAAUCCGCACCCUGCAAUCCGAAACCACCUUGGACAUUCCAACAAUCCAACAAGCAAUCAAGGAUCUCGACACCCUUAUCGCCGAACAUCCAACCUACCCAUCCGCAUAUGUCAACCGCGCCCAAACUCUUCGUAUCCUCAUUGACAAGACCAAGACUACCACCGAGAGUAGUGGUGAUGAGAAUGACGAUGACAAGAUCUUUGACCCCGAGAACACACAGCCCGCAUCCACGUUACUAGCAGACCUGGGGAAUGCUAUUACGUUGGCGACGCCCAGAUCACCUGCUGAUCCAGUUUCGUCGGUCCAGGCGCGCUUAUUGGCUGAUGCGCAUACGCAUCGCGGGUAUUUGCUGCUCAAAGCGGCGAGAGUGAAGAAGGAGAGAAAGCAGGAAGUGAUUGGUGGUCCGGAUCAGUUGCGUGUCGUGGAGCCGGAGCAGUUGGAGGAUAUGGCUAGUCGGGAUUUCUUUUUCGGGGGCAGGUAUGGGAAUAAGGUUGCACAGCAGUUGGCUGUACAGACGAAUCCGUAUGCGAAGAUGUGUGGGGCGAUUGUGAAGGAGGCGUUGAGGAAGGAGGUGGUGGGUGAUGGUGUGGUUAAGAUCUGAUGUAUUUGCUGUAAUUAAGCUGGUUUAGGUGCUUUGGGAGUGUGCUUUUCUCCUUUGGAUGCUUGUUACAUUUGUGUCUUACAAUUUGUCAGUUUGUCUCACAUACCCAG